UUUCUUGUGAGUCUCGAAACACGAAUGCUCAAAUUAUUGUUUAGUUAAAUAUCUUAGUUGUUCUCAAGUUUGGACACAAUGUUAUUAAAUGGGGUUUACUAGAAAACGGAGACUACAUUAGUUGGUACAAAUCUAUUCUCUCCAAAAAAUGAGUGACUUAAGAGAUGAUCUGGAUUCAGAAAAUCAAGAAGGAUCUAGCGCAUCAAAUCCAGGCAGAGAAAAAAAAUUUAAGAAGAGAAGCGGUACCACGGAGAAAGGAAAAGAUUACGAGGAUCUGUAUAUGGCACAUCUAAUUUUAAAACUGACGCUUGAUGAUGAUGUCGAAAACUUUUAUUUGUCUUCAAAUGACGGAGACUUUGGUGAUUUCGACGACGUCGUUGUUGAAAUAGUUUUUAAAAAUCGUACAGAAACAUAUGCCAUACAGUUAAAACACGUCGACAAGAAAACUCCUUUAGGAAGAGCUCAAUUGACCGCCAAAACAGGGAAGAGAAAUUUUAGCAUCGAGAAAUAUUAUGACACUUUCAGUAAACAUUCAAAACUGCAACAAAAUGUUAAGAUGAUUUUAUUUACCAACACCUCGUUAAAUAUCAGUGAGGCCAAACUGUUAGAUUUCCGUCAACUCGUGAUAGAUUUUGUACCAAGCGAAGAAAAUAAAUUACUCAAUUCUUCAUCGAGAAAACCUUGUUGUCACAAAAUUAACAAAAAUCAAGAAGAGUCAAGUGAUUAUGAUGAGUUUUUCGAAAAGUUUUACCUCUACACUGGUCAAGCCGAUGUUACGCAACUUGCCAUUGAUGUACGUGAAAUGUUGAAGAAAAAUUUUAUGUGUGACGAAUCCAUCGUCAGCCAGUACUUACAGUUUAUAACCCAGUGGAAUAUGAAAGAGGGUAACAAACUAAAGCUGGACAAAAGCUGGAUGACGCGUUUUAUUACAUUAUGCGUUUUGUCACCCCAUGUCAGACCAUUGUCAUUUGAUGCCACGAGAUCUGUUAACGAAAAAGAAACGAUCUUUAGAGAGGUGGUUUCAAAAUUCGACUUCAGCAUUAUCGACGAAAGAAAUUAUGAGAAAAUUAGUCACCUUUGGUCGGACACCAUUAACGAGUUACAAGAUUUAACAGAAGUGGGGAAAAUUAAUGGUAAAUAUUUACUUUUCUUGACGACGUUCCAAUUCAAAGAAGAUCUGCUCAGGGACGAUCCGUUAAAGGUGAAUAAGUUGAUGUGGUUGCUUGGAAAAUGUCCUUUGGUUGUACAAGAAUGUCCACAAGUUUACGGAACAUUUAAAAUUGGCUGCAAAAAUGUCAUCGUGUUGAAAGCUGCGACAAAAUCAGUCGAUGAGAACAAUAAAACUACACUUGGUCAGAAUGUGUUUCAAAAAUUGUCCGAUCUGAAAGAACAAGUGGAAUUAUACGAAAAAAUUCUGACCACUUUCACGUUUUCUAUAGAAGGACAAAAGGAGGCUUGUUUGAGACAUUUACUAGAAGCAUGUGAAAAAAUCGAUUCUUUGAUCACUUCAGAUGAAGUGGUAGAAAUGCUGGAAGGUCCUUUGCCAAUAGGUAACCAAAAAGAAGUUUUACCACCUAGUCACAUUGAAAGAAGUCUAACGAAGAUUUUAAUAGACAUCGAAUUUUUGAAACGUAAAUCUGGAAAGAGGGUGGUUUUUGUUAGCGGCGUCGCAGAUUGUCAACAAUUUAAAAAUCUGUUGCCUGGGGCAGAAAUAAAAGAAAUAUCUGAGAUAAACGAACGAGAAAUGGUCUGUCAACAGAUUUAUAUAUGCGAAAAACACAUUUCACUAAAAGAAUUUAAGCUUGUAAUCACGAAGAAUCCACAAGCAGAAGUUUUUUUUUUUCGUUUCUUUGACAACCAAUAUUUCGAGUGGAUAAGAAGUGAAAAUUCACAAGGGCAACGCUUCAACGAACUCAAAACAUUUCGUUUGAACGAUGAAUUCAACGUUUAUACGUUGCACCAGUCUGAACUUUUUAACAGUGGAGAACAAGAUGUCAACAUUGUCUGCGCUGAACCGGGUAUGGGGAAGAGCACGUUGAUGAAGAGCUUAAAAACUAACACUUCCUCUGCAACAUGGACGAUCGUGAUCUAUGCCAGAAAUCACUUUACUCACUUUAGAGAAAAUGGGGCCGACGUUGAAAAAUUCAAGGAAUAUAUCUUUACCAACGUUAGAAAAAAGUGCUCCAACAUCGACCAACAAGUAUUCAAAGCAAUGCUGGAGCGAAAUAACAUACAAGUAAUUUGGGAUGGUCUGGACGAAGUUACAGAUGCCACUCUAGAAGCGAUUUUAACUUUAGUACAGACUUUAGCACAAAGCGGGGUACAACAAUGGUUAACAUCACGGAACAACUUGAAAACUAAACUGGAAAACAGGUUAGGUAGUUUUUCGCGAAAUAUCAAACAAUUCGACGACGAAGAACAACGAAAAUAUCUGAAAGAGCGUUUGGAAAUUCCGGCGGACGAUUUAACCGCGACGUUUAUUAAAAUUAAGAAAAAUAUUAUGUCUUUUCCAAAUUACGAAAUAUUGGGCAUUCCUCUGCAGAUUUAUAUGCUGACUGAAUUAUUUUUAAAAGACAAGGAAAAAUAUUUGAAUUUAUUAGAUAGCGUUUUCACCGUGCUCGAUUUAUAUCGACAUUUCGUAGACGAAAAAUUUAAAGUUUUUUAUCAAGACAAAAGUAAACUUGAUUUAUCUGUGGAGCAUAUAUUUCAACAAUUUGAAGACGAAAAGGAAACUAAACUCAAGUGCUACAAAAGUGUAGCUGCUCGUUGUUACUUAGACAAUCUCUCUGUGACAAAAAUCGAUGCAAAUUACGAACAUCAAUUAAAAAUUUUUUUGGAAACAAUAGAAAAUAAGGGAGAUGCUGUAGGGUUUAUAUGUGGAGUUGCAAAUAAUGGAAGUGUUGAAUUUAAUCACAACUCGUAUGGCGAAUAUUUUGCCGCUCUGUAUCUUUUUGAAAUUGAUCCACCAAUAGUACGCGAUAAAAAAUUCAUCUCUGACGGUCACUUCGAUAAUAUCCGAUUUUUUUUAGAUUUAAUGCUAUGCAAAAAUUCUAAAGGUUUUAUCGCUGUAGUGUACAAAAACCCUAUACUUUUGGAUGAAUGUACUGAUCUAGAUUUGAACGAAAAAGAUUUCAUCGGUCGCGAUCUAUUAGAAGUAGCAUGUGCUCGUACUAAAAAUUAUAAUUGUUCCGAGGAUAAAGGACGUAUAACUAAGGGUAAGAAAUUCCACAGAGAUUGGGUAAUUAAUAAUGGACAUAUAGGUGACUUAGACUAUAUGCAUAUAUCAGAUAUUUUUCGCAAGAUGAACAUAUCAAUCGACACUCGUACAAAAAAGUUGCUACUUUUCUUCCCUUUUUUAAUUCCAGAUUACGAAAAAAAAAGUUGCUCUAAUCAAAAUUUUCUAAAAGUGAUUCUAUAUUAUGCGAUUCGAUUUGAUUUUGUCGUAAUUUUUGAGUAUAUUAAAUGUUCUCCCAAACUGAAGAAAGCGUUUGAUAGCAUCAAUUUCGCCAGUAUUUUAACUCUGGCAAUGUACUACAGGUCACAACGUAUCCUAGAACAACUUUUCUUAAAUCACCAAUCUUACGGAGUUAUUUUUUCUGUAAGCUCUCUAGGUCUUCGUCCUCUUGAGAUAGAUGAAAUAUUUGCUUAUAUUUUGUUAAAUGUAGAAAUCAGAUUAGAUAUUCCAAAUUCCAAAGGUCAAUUUCUAACGCACUAUGCUACCAAAUACCACUUACACAAGAUGCUCACUAUUUUAAAUGCAAAAAAUGCUAAAUGGGAUGCUUUUGAUACAAAUGGUCGAUUUGCAAUUCACAAUGUAUGUAUCGAAGGAAGUGUGGUUACAUUAAAAUUACUAAUCAGUUUUGGUUGUGAUAUAAAUGUUCCGGACGCAAAUGGUUGCUGCCCUAUCCACUAUGCCUGUAAACAUCAGAAAAUAAACUUAGCAAAAGUUUUGAUACAGAAUGGUGCAAAAAUAGAUGUUCCUGAUGCAAAAGGGCAACUUCCAGUACAUUAUAUUUGCGAAACACGCAAUUUAGCAAUGCUGAAGCUAAUGUUAAAUAACGGGGCGAAAAUAGAUGUUCCCGAUAGAAAUGGUAGAUUUCCGAUACAUUAUAUGUGUAAAAUGGGCUAUAUAGCUGGGGUAAGCUUUUUGGUCAUGAAUGGUGCGAAGUUUGAUGUCGUGGAUGCAGGUGGUCUUCAACCUUUACAUUACGCCUGCGAAAUAAGAUGUCUUGGUUUAAUCGAAAUUCUACUAGGGCACGGCGCUGAUGUAGAUAUCUUAAAUAAAUAUGUUCAGUCAUUGAUACAUCCCACGUGUAAACAAGGAAAUAUAAACUUCCUAAAUUUGCUUAUAUCAAAAGACGUGGAUUUAAAUGUUCCAGAUGCAGACGGUUGGUUACCACUACAUUGUGCGAUCGAUUCUGGAAACGUAGAUCUCGUAAAUCUUUUGGUAGCGAAAGGUGCGAAGCUCGAUUUUCCUGAUGAAAAAGCUCAGUUGCUGUUAAACGAUGCGUGUCUAAAACACCAUUUACAUGUAAUAACCUUUUUGUUGGAAAAUGGUGCGAAAGUAAAUAUUCCUUACAAAAACGGUCAAUUGCCCAUUCACCUCGUAUGUCGAAAAGGAUAUUCCGAUAUAGCAAAAGUACUGAUAGCAUAUGGCACGAAAAUAGAUGCUCUAGAUGCAUUGGGCGUACUGCCGCUGCAUCAUGCUUGUUGCAAUGGUGACCUAGAGAUAGUAAAUCUACUUCUGGCUAAAGGUGCAGAAGUAAAUGUCCCGGAUUUAAAUGGUAAUCUCCCGAUGCAUUUUGCGUGUUUCAAUCAUGAUUUUGGUCUUCCAAUUAUGUCACUUCUACUAGAAAAACGAGCAGACAUCAAUGUUCCUAACACGAAAGGGGAUCUACCGAUACAUUUUGCGUGUGAACUGAACCACAGAAUACCUUCACGUUGGACUAACGCCAAUCCAACGUUUAAAUUUUGGCCAAAAGCAAAUAAAAAUGUAUUGAAAUUUUUGGUAGAACAUGAUGCACGCUUAGAUAUUCCAGACACAAAUGGUCUGUUGCCUAUUCAUUUUUUGUGCAAACGUGGUGAAAUAGAUUUGGUAAGAUUUCUGGUAAGAAAUGGUGCCGAAAUAAAUGCUUGUGAUACGCAUGGACAGCUACCAAUUCAUUACGCGUGUAAGACUUGUAAUCACGAGAUAUUAGAGUUUUUAAUCGAAGAAGGUGCGAGUGUAAAUGUUGCAGAUGUAAACGGAAUGUUACCAAUUCAUUAUGUUUGUGAAAGAGGUAAUCUAAAUACACUAAAGUUGCUAAUAGCCCAUGGAGCAGACAUAAAUGUUCCAGAUAAGGAUGGCCGGCUGAGCCACCAUUAUGCACGUAAUAAUCGACUCUAUCGUCUUAAGAUGCUAGAGUUCUUAGAGAACUGCGUCAAAAAUUCUCCAGGAAAAUGAUGUCACUUACUUACUGAAGCAGCAGAUAUUUGUACUGCAGCAGAAUGCCCAUGCUUUUAUUUUUUUAUAUUUUUUUAAAUGUAGCUGUACUAAUAACACUGAAUAUUGUAAAAAUGUGAAAUAAUGUAAAUAAAUACAUAAUAUCAAAAUGACUAAA